UCUACAGAUUGGAUGAGAAAAUAUUAUACCUAUUUUUAUAGAAAUUUCGUGCAACAUACGCCCAUCAGCAAAACUAAUAUGAUAAGUAUACGAAAACACAUCACUUAAAUUAAAAGUUCCUAUCACGACAAUCGAAAUUUCUAUACUGAUUAUAUGUUAGACUGCAGCUCCCUGAGAUCCCAAGAUUAUCAGUCCCAUUAUUAAUAAACUCGGGCUUACAAUGUUCUCUCACAAUAUGCACCGAUGCAGUGAAAGCUUAAAAGAGGAAAUCGCAUUAGCGGAAUCGUCACACAGUGUCCCGAAGAUCUGGUAGUCGGUUGUGAAAUGUGGCGUUACCUAUUCAUUCUUCUGGCCCUGCAAUCAGCGUGCGCUGCGCCAAUUCCGCCUUGUGAGAAAAUGGAAUAUUAUCUGCUGCAUGAGCUCAUCACAUUUGCCAGAGCAGGCAUAUCUCACAUUGUUGACCUGUUGCAGUUGGUUAUCGAUGAUGCGAAUGAAGAUGAUCUUAGUGAGACUGAUAGACAAGUGUUGGACAGGUUUACCAAGAUCAUUGAACACUCAGAGCAAUUGGAUGAUUCUGAAGAUGUUAUGAAUGUCCUCAGUGAAGUAGAUCAAGUUUUUGACCUAUUGGACCUUGUUGAGUCAGAUGAAUCGGAUAAUUUGAUUAUUAAUCUUAUUAUUAAGUACGGCUUGGAUACUUUUGAACAAAUCUUGGAAAGACAUGCUACCGAAGCACUUCAACGCCUUGAACAACAUAUCGAGUCCUAUCUGAGGAUAAUUCAUGGUGACCAAUCUAUUGAAGCCGAUUGGAACGAUUGGUUAGUUAAAUUCAAAUCUGAAACAGAUAUUGAAAUGAAAUUCCAAUUUAUUGAAGAUUUUUGGGAAAACAUCGAUUGUUAGAUGAUUUAAAAAUAAAUAGUAAUAUGUAGUUUAAACAUUCUAA